CUGCACCGCGGCGGCAGCAGCAGCAGCGGCAGCGCUCUCUCUGGCUCGGCCCGUCGCUGUCACCGUCAGGAGGAGGCUGAGGCGGCUGCGCUUCCCCGACCGGCCUGCCGCCGCGGCUGCAACAGCAGCAAGCAGGAAGGAGCCGUUGCUGCCGCCGCCGCCGCCGCCAUCAUGGUGCCCGGGGCAGGAGCCGGAGCCGCGGCCUGGGGGCUCUGAGCCCCCAUCAUUUCUCCCCCCGCCCGCCCCCUGCCACCGCUGCCCUCUUCCCACACCUCCAUCGUCGUCACCGCGCCGCCGCCGCCGCCCUUCUCUCCGCAGCCUUGGGCCGCCGAAGUUUAAUUCCAAGCCCAAAAAGACAAUGGAACUUUCAUACCCCAACAUUCUGCCUCCUGUGGCUUCCUGUGUGCUGGAAUGGUGGUCUCUGUUAUGAGGUUAUUGCACUUAAGAAUGAACAUUGAAGAUAAGCUGGGAGGAUUGUUUCUUAAAUGUGGUAGCAUAGAGCAAAUGCAGUCAUCCAGGAAUAUGGUUGGAAUGGGUGCUGCAUCUGACCAGUCAGCCGUUUCUGGAGAACGGCAAGAAGCAGUGCUUCAAGACCGGGCUAUGGCACACCAAGAAAUCCUUUCUGCGGAUGAAGUGUUGCAAGAAAGUGAGCUUCGACAACAAGAAAUGAUCCCUCAUGAUGAACUCAUGGUCCACGAAGAGACAGUGAAAAAUGAUGAUGAGAUGGAGGCACAAGACAGACUUCCUCAAGGACUUCAGUAUGCAGUUAAUGUCCCUAUCAGUGUGAAACAAGAGAUUACCUUUCCUGAUGUUGCAGAGCAGCAGAAAAGGGACAAAAAGCUCAUACGAGAAGGGUUAGAUAUGCAAAAGAAGAAGAAAAGGAAACAGCGUUCACCAGCAAAGAUCCUUACGAUAAAUGAGGAUGGAUCGCUUGGUCUGAAAACUACAAAAUCUCAUAUUUGUGAGCACUGCAAUGCUGCCUUUAGAACCAACUACCAUUUACAAAGGCAUGUCUUCAUUCAUACAGGUGAAAAACCAUUUCAGUGCAGUCAGUGCGAGAUGCGUUUCAUACAGAAGUACCUGCUACAGAGACAUGAGAAGAUUCAUACCGGCGAAAAACCAUUCAGAUGUGAUGAAUGUGGCAUGAGGUUCAUACAGAAGUAUCACAUGGAAAGGCACAAGAGAACUCAUAGUGGAGAGAAGCCUUACCAGUGUGAAUACUGCUUGCAGUUCUUCUCAAGGACUGAUCGUGUAUUGAAACACAAACGAAUGUGCCAUGAGAAUCGUGACAAGAAACCCAGUAGAAGUGCCACCAAAGUUGGCCUUUUGACUCCUGAUGAAGAACAAGGCUUCCCUAUGCCUCUGAAAGACAGCUCUUUGCCAAAGAAGAAAAGGCAAAAAACCGAGAAGUCAAAGUCUUCUGGGCUGGACAAAGAAAGUGGGUCAGAUAAAUCUGAACAUAAGAAAGAUAAGAAUGAUUUUUUGCCUUUGUAUGCUGGCAGUGCUAAGAUAAAGGAUGAAUAUAUGGUGGCUGAAUAUGCAGUUGAACUACCACAUUCUUCUGUCAGUGGAGGGCACUUACAAGAAGAACAUUCUGGAGAAAUACAUCCACCUAAACUGGUACUCAAGAAGGUUAACAGUAAGAGAAGCCUAAAACAGCCACUAGAGCAAACUCAGACCAUUUCAUCCUUGGCAUCAUAUGAAGACAGCAAAGUUUCAAAGUAUGCCUUUGAUCUUGUGGAUAAACAAGGCCUGUUGGAUUCGGAGGGCAAUGCUGACAUUGACCAGGUUGAUACUUUACAGGAAGGCCCCAGUAAACCUGUACACAGCAGCCCAAACUAUGAUGAUGCAAUGCAGUUUUUAAAGAAAAGGCGAUACCUCCAAGCAGCGAAUAGUAACAGCAGAGAAUAUGCCUUGAAUGUGGGCACUAUAGCCUCUCAGCCUUCAGUCACGCAGGCUGCUGUCGCAAGUGUGAUAGAUGAAGGUAGCACAGCAUCCAUAUUGGAUUCAUCAGGACUGAAUGUGGAGAUUAAAGGAAACCAUGACAAAAAUGUCAUUCCAGAUGAGGUACUUCAAACACUUCUAGACCAUUACUCCCAUAAAGCUAAUGGCCAACAUGAAAUUGCUUUCAAUGUGGCUGAUACGGAAGUGACCUCCAGUAUAUCAAUAAAUUCUUCUGAAGUGUCAGAGGUCACACAAACUGAAAAUGUUGCAUCAAGCUCUCAAGGUUCCUCAUCUGAUAAAGCCAGUAUGUUACAGGAAUAUUCCAAGUUUCUUCAGCAAGCCUUGGACAGAACUAGCCAAAAUGAUGCCUAUUUGAACAACCCAAGCCUUAAUUUUGUGAGUGACAACCAGACUCUUACAGGGCAGCCAGCAUUCUCAUCCAUAGACAAACAGGUCUAUGCAUCUAUACCUGUCAACAGUUUUCGGUCAGGAAUGAAUUCUCCAUUAAGAACAACUCCAGACAAGUCUCAUUUUGGACUUAUGGUUGGUGAUUCCCAGCACUCUUUUCCCUUUUCAGGUGAUGAGCCAAAUCAUUCUUCCUCGUCCUCUACCCAGGACUUCUUGGAUCAAGUGACUUCUCAGAAGAAAGCAGAGGCACAGCCUGUCCAUCAAGCAUAUCAAAUAGGUUCCUUUGAGCAACCAUACAGGGCUCAGUACCAUGGAACACGAGCUGGAAUAUCAUCUCAAUUUAAUACUUCUAAUGGACAAGUGAACCUACGGGGACCAGGGACAAGUGCUGAAUUCCCAGAAUUCCCCUUGGUGAAUGUAAAUGAUGCUCGAGCUGGUAUGAACUCUUCACCUGAUGCCACAACAGGCCAGACAUUUGGCUAAGAAAAUCUAUAGAAAUAACAUUGGCACUUUAGCACAGGUCUGUCAAGAGUGAACAUAUUCUGUAUAAGAUGGAAGUCCUAUACAGAUUUAAGGCCUUGUGUUAUAACAAAAAAAAAGUGAGCUGGUACAGCAGGUAUUAGUAACUGCAUUUUUUGGUUACUCACCAUUCUUUUUGUAUUGCCUUGUAUGUGGUCAUCCACUGAAAAGGCAGAUGGUUAUUUGCAUGUAUGAGAUCAGGAAAUUGCUACAUUGAGAUUUAACACAACAAACAAAACCAAAAAAAAUCCCAGAUAAGAUUUCUCUGCUAUAAUAAUUUCCUAGUUUGGUAUCAUUGAAUAUUUUUGGGAGAAUGAUAAUUAUGAGAUUAUUCAUAUUGGAAUUUCCUAAUUAAUCAAGCCAUUGCACUUCAGCAGGGAAUAUGAAUAGACUAUACAGACAAAAUAAACUAAGUUUCAAUGUCAGGAGAAUAUGGCUAGACAACUAUAGUUCUGAAAAUAAAUGCUAUUCUAUCAACGCUCUUAAAAAGUAAUACUAGUAAUAUUCCCAUUUAUUGUUUCCUUUGCAUUCCUUUCUGUACUUUGAGAAAGGUAAUGAUGUUUGCUAAACACACUCCCCUAUUUAAAUAUCAAGUUAAUUAAAGUAUUUUUAAAGCAAAGUACCAACUAUUAAUGCAUUUACUUCCUUCCUGAAGUACUGCAUAUUUCUUUGUUCCUUUGAAGCUGAACAUAUUUGUUCCCCCCCAAAUGCCAGUUGUUUUUUUUAGCUAAAAUGCUUUGUAGAUUACAUUCCCAAUUUAAUAAUACUUAUAUUAAUGGUGAACUUUCAGGACUUAAAAGUUUAAUUGUCCUUCAUUCUACAAAUCUGCAAUAAUUAAUCUUAGAGCACUUAGAUCCUUUUCAAUUAUUAUUAUUAUUAUUAUUAUUAUUUUGCUUUCUCAAAUAACAUAAAAUAAAACAAUUUUAGACUUUAGGCUUGAUGUGGCUGCAUCAUUAUCACCUUAUAUGACAACAGAAGGGUUUUUAAAUAAAUAAAUAAAUAAAUAAAUAAAUAAAUAAGAAAAUGAAUGGAAAGCCUUAAGAUCCACACAAACUGGAUUUUCCCUUUCUGGAAUUGUUGCCAAUUCAUUUUGCUAGAUACAAUAAAUUAUCUCAGAAAGUGGAAGAAGUAGACAUUCUUGCUGCAUAUCUACCUUAACAGUUUUUCACUGCAGUUUUGCCAACUAAAAGCUAGUGUCUAAUGACAGUGACCAAAAGAUGAAUGGUCAGACUUAUACUGCAUUUCACACAUAAACUGUAACUUUAUCCCUCUCCCAUGUAGAUAUUUUAAUAGUAGUUUGUCUUGAGUUAUACAGUGUGGUGCAACAAUUAGUUCUAUAUAUGGUUUUAAAAUGGUGUGGUUUGACUUAGCAUAAAUGUUGGGAUAAUUUAACCAUUUUAAAGAAUUAAACUUUAUUUUAAUUCUACUGUACAUUCACUAAUGGAACACUGAGUUAAUCUUAAGGCAGUGAUUUUCCUAAAGGCUGAGUGACAGGUAGGCAGGAUUUUAAAAAAUCAAAAUAUAUUAAACAUCUAGGUGGGGAGGAAGGAUUUACAAAUUAUUUUUGAACAUUAUGUCUGUCAACCAUCUCUCAAAUAUCUUAGCUAGCCCAAAUGAUACCUGCCUUACCCAAAGCAUUUCAUUAAAGAAAGCACAUCUUUGCAAUUUCCAGAAAAAUCCUCAAUUAAUAUUGUACUCACACAUGAAAACUAAAGAACAAACUUGUUAAUCUUUCAGGUGCUUCGAUUUUUAGUUUGUAUCCUGCCCCCUCAUCAGGACAGCUAAUAUAUGCCAUAUAUUAAUUUUAAUAACGAAGUAUAUCCAGCACAGUGUUCCAGUGUUCCCGUGUUUUUAACUUAACAUUGGAUUCUGGUCCAAGUAAGCAACCAAGAUUGACACCCAAUCCCAAACACGCAAAUCUCACUGCAAAGUUAGUUGCUCAUAAUGCCUGUGAUUGAGAUGGCAUACAUAUACACAUUCACUGGGUAGAGGAAGGGGUGAAACAAAAUCUGAACGUGCCCAUAGAUAAUACAAGAAAAGUCCGUGCAUUUAGGGUCAGAGUGUAAAGUUUAUAGUUAGAAAACCAUGGGUGGCUACUUAUCUGAAAGAUCCAUUAUGAAAGAAUGAACAUGGCUAGUGGCAGUGCCUCUGGCUAGAAUCCAGAGAGUGCUGUGCAUGCAGCCAAGCUCACAUGCAUAUCGCAGAGCUUUCUGGAUUCCCCUUCUGACGGCAGCUUCUUGCACUACAUUGGAGACUGCUCCACAGUACCCUAAGUUUCUGGAGGGGCUUAUUGGGGGCAUAAGGGAUUCUGGUGGGAAGGGACCCAGGAGCCCUGGAGUGUGCAUGCAAUAUCUUAAGCAUGAGCAGAAGCUCUUUGGAUCUUGCUUUCUGAUAACAUUUUAAACCCUUUUAAAUUGCUUCUUAACUGACAACAAAUUAUAACGUUCCUCAUAACAUUUGUUGAUUAACUUACAAAUCUGUUUUAUAUACGUGUUGGGAGACAGAACUAAUGCAAGUACUGUUUUAUUUUGGUGGAAUAAUGCUCUAUUAAAACAUAUUCAGGGCAUCUUGGAUACAGUUAUACAGCCCUAUUAAACUCAGUGGUGUAUUUGCAAUUCAGCUAGCUUAAUCUCUUUGACAUCAGGCUUAAAUGGAAAUGUGCUGCUUAAGUGUCUCACUGUCUUAAUCCUUGACAGAUAUAAUGAGUGUAUGUUGGACUUAAAUGUCCCUUUUUAACACUAAUUUGCUGUCCCAUUUACUAUGAACCUAAGCAUGUUAAUGAAGGAAUUGGCUUUCAGGCUUAUAGCUGAAGUUGCCACUUUAUCUUCUCUUGGUCUUACUGAUUCAGGGUGAACCAAUUUAUUAAGGAUGAUUUGUCUGGAGUGAGACGUAGCAUCGUGUGCUGCAGUGCAGUACUGUUUUGAAGAAUAGUUUAGAAGGACUUAUUUUCAUUUAUGUUGGAUCACCUCUCCCUGCCUUUUGAAAUUAUUGUAAAACAAUUUACAGAUGCCCAGGUGUUGUCAAGGUAUUUGAGGAGGAGUGAAGUUUAGAGAAAGUACAGUGAAAACCUGCAAGUUUGGUGAUUGCAAAUGAGAAAACCUGAUAAUUCAUACACAAGAUGGUUUCUCCCUGUUUCUCUUCAGUAGUGUAAAGUCAUGUAGUUGAAGUUUUACAAGAGUAUGACUGUAACUUUAACCAAGUAUAUUGCAGAACUUUUGUACAAAUACUGCAGACUAAGCCACAGUUGUCAAAAUGAAUGAAAUACAUUGUAAUGUCCCAUAUUUGCUUUUGUUUGCUUAUUUAUUUUGUGAAUUUUAAAAUGGGGUUUCAAGUCACUAGUGUGAAUUACUGAGUUGUAGUGUAGCUGUUGGAUUUUGUUUCCAUAGUUUCUGGCUUGUCCUCUGAAAAAUCUCCACUUGGAUACAUACAAUAUAUUCCAUGUUUCUUUAGACUAUUUUUUAUGAUGUGUCUAUCAUGUUUCGUAAAUAUUUGAAGAGGAUCCAGAAGAGGAUCAGCCUGUUUGAAUAUUUCAGUAUUAACUUGCUUUGUAUUUGUAAACUUGCAAUCUACAAUUUUGUUGGGUAGAAAUUUAAAAACUCCUUCACAAGUUGCAGGGGAAUAGCUAUUAGAAUAUAGUUCAAAGCUUUAGAAUACAGACAUGUGCUUGUGAUCUGGGUAUGAUCAGAUGGUAAAAACUCUCCUGUAAUUUUUUCCAAUUGACAUUAUUAAUAAAGCAAAAACUAUUUUUUUUUAAACAACAACAACACAGUCCUGCUCAGUAGAAGCCUUGCAACUUUUGGAAAUGCUUUAAUUUUAUGUUAGUGCAUGUUUGUUAAGUAUGUAGCACAUUUAACUACUCCUUUUGCAAAGAACAUGUACUGCAAAAGUAUUACAAUGAAUGAAAAACAUUAUGUUAAAAAAUUAACUCUCAUUAUUUUUAAACAACUUUGUUUCAGGGAAAUUUUCUAGUUGCUUUUGCUAUACAUAUAUAAAAUCAUUGUUUCCUCUUUUCAAUAAUAAUAAUAAAAGAGAGAGAGAUCUUUUGGUAGCAAACACAUACUGAAGCAAGCAAACCUUUCUCAGAGUUGUUUCUUGCUUUCUUUAUCCCAGUGGAUAGAAAGUUAAAAAUUAUGUAAACGUUUAUUUUAUUUUUUUAUGCAAUAUUGUUCUGUAAAUAUGAGUUAUCAAAUAAGGAUGUACCUAUGAUUGAAUCUUUGAUUCUGCACAGUUAGAGUUUAUAUAUAAAAUAUAAAUGUGUCUUGACAAUCAAGGACUUACUGUCAGUCUUCCUUUAUGAUGUUUUAUUAAUGUUAUGCAUUCCAUUUGUUAGACUUGAGUACCAAUGUGGGAAUUUGUAUUGUCUGUAAAGUAUGUAAUGUUUUUACAGCUUGUUUAAAAAAAAAAGGAAAAAAGAACCUUGUAAAUGUAUAUAAACAGAUCACAGUACCGCUUUAUAUCAGGAGGCAUAUGAUGUACUGUAUGUAAGCAAUAAUGCCUAACAGUGCUAACUUUACAAGUAGCCUAAGGAUAGUUCCAAAAACUGUUUGGGGAAGUGAAUAGCUUUGUUUAAGUUAAUGGAUAUUCUUAAUUGUUUUUAAUCAAUAAAUUCAACUGUUUUUCUGUUGUAGUAUAUAACAUUGUUUACACAGCACAAUCUGAGUUGCAGGAGGAGCAGUCUCUAGAUCUAUGAUUGCACCUGCAGACACAUUAAUUAUGAAACUAAUGGCUUGGCUGCACUUCUGCAAAACGAGGAAGACUGCAAAAGUUAGUGUCCAUAUCCUGGAAAGAAGGAUAGUUUCCCCCUCCUUCUUCAUCUGCGCCGAUUGAAUAUUCUUGGAAUUUAAUUUGAAAUCUUUAAUCCCAAUAUGGAUUCAGUAUAAAUCAGAUUUUUGUAAUUUUAAAAAAGUGGGCUUUUUUCAUAAUUCACGUUGCAGUUGAACAUUGAGUCGUGGGUUUUUUGGGUUUUAUUUUUUUGCAUAAUUAUUUUUGCCAUAGGAAUUUAUCAGCUGCUGAGAUGAGCUUUAUUCAGUUCAAGCAAAACAAAAAAGUCAAACUUAGGCUGAGUUUGAACUGUGCUUUCAGGCUGUACAGAGCAACAGAAUUAUUUGAAAAUGGUCAUCAUUGCUUUAGGGUUAUGGGGGGAAAGAUCACCGAUUUAUAAAUGUCUAUGACCUACAUUUUAUAGGAAGAAAUGUUUUUAAAUGCUAGUCAUUUAUAUAAUAUGUGCUUUGAAGGAUUUGCUAGUUCACUUCUGUCACUUUUAGUACACUGGUAUCUUUUUAUAUGUAAUGUAUGCUUUUAUUAUUGUAGCAAAGCAUUUCAGUAGAAGGAAUUUUGCAACAGUGUUGGGGAAAAUUUAUUGUUGGAAACUAAUUAUACUGGAUUCUGUCUCUGUAGUUUUGUCUUUAUUUUAAUGGUGUUGGAGGAAGGACCUUGGUAUUAAAAUUAACCCCAUGAUUAGUUCUACUUUUUAAAAAAGUGUAUACAGUGUGAUCUGCAAGUAAGUCCAGAAUCUGAUAACUUUAAAUUGAAACAUACAUAAUUUAAUGUACUGUGGAGUCAACUAAAAAAAAAUUAAAUGCUUGGGGUUGGGAAAAGGAUACUAUAUAGGAGAAUGGUGUUGCAUUGCAUUUUCUGAUAGUAUUCUUUUUACUGAAGUCCAUAUACCUUCUUUCUCUUUCAGUUCAUAGAAUCCCCUAUAAUGCUGGCAAAGGAGAUUUGUUUCAAUGGUAAUACAGUAUUACUUUGACAUACAACAACAAAUCUGUCCGUUUUACUGUGAGUGUUGAUUUUUAAAAAAUCAAUUGAUUUCCCAAUUUCAUCAAUUUAAAAAUGUGCAUAAGUAAAACAGAAGCUUUUGUAUAAACCUGGAAAGUAUGAAUUUGUGUAAUUAUUUUGUAUUUGAAAUAAAUUAGGUGAUACAGGAUUCCUGAGAAAUCAGGAAUUUCGUGAUGA